UGAGAAUUGACAGUCGUCACAUCCCACGCACGACUCCUUCAUUGGUUCGAUGGUUGUGAGAGAAACCGAGGAAGAGGAUACUUGGCUUUAGUUGCUCUGCGCGCUCCACCACGUCAACAUCCGCGCGCGCGCGCGCUGUGCUUCUUACUUAUUUUAAGAUUAUACUUAUUAAAGUAUAUUCUUCCUUUUUUUCAAAGUUUUUGUUCAAUUAGCUACUCGCCAUUUUUUUUUUUACAUUAUCGCUGCUGUUGUUUCGCCUCGAGCCUCCGUAGUUCAUUGCACUUGCACUCGAUCACACCAAGUUCGACGAUCUCCCUUAUCAUCUUGGUGUCUCGGUCGCGCGAAUUUCCAAUCCUACAGCCAUGCGGGGACUUAUGCUGACGACUGCUCUCUUCCUCCUCACAUUAUUAGGAAUGCAAACACACGCAUGCGAAUUAGAUAAAAUGGGAAACGGAUGCAGAAUUUCCAGCGGCCAGUGCUCGUGCGGUUACGGUUGUAAAGCCGAAUUCCGAUAUCCUAAUAUGGAAGAAUGCAAACUUGCUAUUACAGGAGGACAACGAAAUUCUUGCUACAGUACAACUAGGUGUAUGCACGGAGGCAGUUGCCUUCAAAUUACUUCUGAUCCUGGAUAUAAAUGCUUAUGCGAGGGAACUGGAUUUUUUGGUACUCGAUGCGAAAGACCAUGUCCAGGGCCUGAGAAUCCACAUUACCGAGGACCUUUUCCAUACGAGUGCGUCGUUAUUUAAAAACCCUUGUUUGUAUAUUACCAAUCGAGCAUUUCUAAUGAAAAAUAUUCUAUUGUCAUGAAUUUUCUAGAUUUAAAAAUUUUGUACAUAAUAAACAU